CUAAGUACACCUCAAAUCACGCGCGUCGCUCUAACCUAUUGGCUAAAUGCCAGGAUUUAAAGUUUACUCACAACCUGUUGUCAGUAGCGUUGUAUUAAAUUCAUCCUCUCCACGCCACGCUAGUUUGGCUAGUUUGGAGAGAUAAAGAGACAUUUGCUACUUACGUUGACAUUUGUUCAUGGCUCAUGCCUUUAAAAUCUUCUAAGUUCUGGUACCAUUAGAAAACUGCAUCACUCUGGCUUCAAGCGGUAAUUCGGGAAUUUUGAAGAGGAAAAGCAUUAAAAUUCAAGUAUCAGGAACAAAAAUGCCGAGCGUCACACAUCCACUGCAAGCGGCUUCCUUAUCCGGCCAUGAUGCGUUUGUAGAAGGAGUGGAAUUCAGUAGUAACGGGAAAUAUAUUAUAUCAAGUUCAGCAGGUGGGAAACGAAAAUUAGUAUUUUUAUUUGUAUUUUAAUGUUCUUGUAUUUACAUCAUAGAUAAUUUCUGUCCAAAAAAGUCCUUUACAACAUGUUGAAACCCCGAAAAAAAUCAUCGGUAUUUCUUUGCCGUAAAACGUUUCGCGCUUCUUCACGCGCGAAACGCGCGAAGAUGAGAGCGAGGCUGUUGUUAUAUCAAACAUGGCGGCCGUGGAAGUCGCUUCACUGGCGACGAUCGCAGUAACCUGUGUAAUAGCUGCUGUAUUGUUAGCGGUUGUGUUUUAUAUUGGGUUUAAGAGUCAACGGCAAAGUGAACAGAAUACUGAGAUAAAUCAAGGAGAACUGGAGUUAAAGCCGGUGGAAAACGGCCAAAGGAAAGACAAAACAAAACAAAGUGGCAAAGGGAAAAAGGGUGUUCUUCAGUUGAAAAGCCACCGCAGACAAUAUGCUGUACUUAAAGGACACACAGAACACAUCUUUGAUUUGGAGUUUAGUUUAAAUGGAAAGUACCUGGCUUCAACCUCACAAGGUCCUCACCAAAUUUAAUUAUCAGCUGAUAUAGUAAUUAUAUGCACGAGACACGUGCGCGCACAAUUAAGCUUACUGUAGCCAUUAUUAUUAUCUUAGGCUUCAUCUACAAAACGCACCUCAGUAGCUGUAAACAAUUUAUUAUUUAUUAGCCAUUUUUCUUUACUUUCUUAUUACGCUUUUACGGUUUCUUUGAUUUGUUUUGCUGUCUAGUGAAAUGGAAACGUUUCAGGUGAAGGAUUAAAAUUAUGCUCAAAUUUAUUUCGAGAUAGAUAAGCUCAAUUUCAACUCUAAUCUUUUUCGCCGAAUCAGUCUCCUUGUAAAAUGCACUUUUCUAAAUCUGACGAAGGAAAUUUAAGCCUAUCUCAUUUAACCCAUGUUAAUUUAAAAGUUCAACACUGGCAAAGUUCACAGAGCAAGUUGGAGUGAAAUAUACCUUGAUCAGUAAACAUCUAGUCAAUUUUAAGCUGAGGGAAAGUGGAUAACAAAGGUGCAAUAAAUUGACACGUCAUAUGUGUGGGAAGAAACUGCGUGCACAGACCCAGUCUUGGAAAGUUUUUUCUUCUUCUCUGAGGAUCAUUUAUUAUUGUUUACUUAAUUGACUUAAUCCUUACCAGUUUUUUAAUUUGUCGAACAAGUAAACAAUUUUUGGUAUGUUCUUAACUUUUUUGUGCAAAAGAAACUCACUUUAUUUCCAUUUGGCAUAUUUCUCAAUUAAGUAUAAGUUAAAAAUUUUAUUUUCUCUGGAGAAAAAUAAUCGUGUCAUAAAUUUAUGAGAGAGUGUAAUAAGUAAAGUGCUGGUAAUUGAGGAAUCUUUACAAUUAAGAUAAAUCCUUUGUUUUGAUUUAAACAUCAUGACUCCAAGACAUAUGUCUAUUUUCAAUGUUUUUAUAAGUUUGCUGUGUAAAUCUCAAGUACAUUAUCCUUACUUUAAGUGUUGAGGUGCUUGUUUUGAAAUACGUAUCUAUGAAUAUUGUUCUUUUUUAUCCAGUGGAAUUGAAAGCUUUAUCAAAAAUUUAUUACUUCAUGCUAAUUUGAGAAAAUGCAGCUGUAGGGGUAAUCUCACUUAUGAAACGGCCUGAUUUAUUCAGCAUUAAUUUGGUCUCGCAAAUAAAAAUAAUUUUUAAAAAUCAAACUACUUCUUGUACCACAAUGAUUUCUUUUAGCGAGAAGAAAUCCAUAUCCUUUAUAUCAAUACUUAUGUCUUUGUCUAAUUGGUGAUUUCACAUGUACAACAUGUAAGACAUGGAAUAGACCAUUUCCAAGUUCCAAAAGAUCUCACUCCCCAGCAUAGCAAGGCUACGUGUAAAACCUUUCUUGUGAAAAUGAGUUUUAUUUGCUUGACAAUAAAAAAUCAUCUUCGUAUCAGUAAAUUUCACACUUCCCAUUGCUUUGAAAUUGAGGCUUCAGACAACUUGAAAAUGGCCUUCACACAACACACCAAUUAUUUUGUAAUGCUGACUGCUGUUAGGUUUACUUAAGUCUAAUGUCAAAGAAGUAAAUGCUUCCAAUAUUGAACAAGGCAUAAUUGGCCUAUGCUUUGGUAAUUCGUACCCACUGUUAACUUAAAUCUAUAUUGAGUGGAAUUGUUUUGUUCUUGUAGACAGAACUGUGAGAUUGUGGAGUGUAAAAGAUUUUAAAGAAAAGGAGCACAAGUAAGUUCAAUUGUCUAUAAUUCUUAUUGAUAACUGUACAUCUGUUAUACACAGUCAUAAUGAAUGAAAAAACUACCAAAAGCUGCAACGGGCUUAUACAGAUUUUCUUUGUAAGAGGUUUUAGUAGGGCUCUUAAAAUGACGGGCCUAUAUCCAAAGAGGCUUAUAACCAGAAGAGCAAAAGGGUUCUCAAACUCAUUAAUAAUUCAUGAAGUUACCAGCCAAUAAAUUCACAUGAUGUCUAUUUUGGGUCUAUUUUAGUCAAGUGGAUGAGUCUUCAUACCCAAUGAAACACCAGAUGAAAAUACGCUGUGUUUUCAAAAGUAGGUUGAGUUUGAUUGUCCGGGUGAACGUAGUCCUGAAUAGGACUGUUGUUGUUGACAGUAACUGACGUUUCGACAACCUGUGCGGUAGUCAUCUUCAGAGUCAAAGUGAGUUGUAUAACGCCAGUUGAUGGUAUUAUACUCUGGUUAUUGAUCUGAUUGGUCAAUUACGUCGCAAUGUUAUUGGUCAUCUGUCAGUUAAGCCGUGAUGUUAUUGGCUAUGAAGACUCGUAAUCGGUAAUUGGUGCAUUUCGAUCCAUCUAUUGUCACAGUUAAACAGUCGUCUAUUGUUAGUCAAAUUGUCAGUUCUCCAGUUGUUCUCUCGUAGUUAGUUUUGCUUGAUCUCGUCAAUAUGUCGUUUGUACGGCGCUGGUAACUGUUGUCUACGAUUCAGUGGCAUUUGUUCUAAGUUAGUAAACCAGCUUUCUAAAGUUAGACGUUGAUAGUAGUCUGUAGAAUACAUUAAACAUGUCGCAGAGUCCCAGUCAAUUUGAUGUUUCGUCUUUAAAUGGUCCUCAGCAAUGUGAUUGUUAACAUCACCAUUCCUCAUCGCUUGUUUGAGUUCGGUCAGUCGCGUGCUUAAGUUUCUGCCAGUUUCACCAUUGUAAGAAGCCUGGCAGUCGCAGCAUUUGAUCUUGUGUGCUGCUCCCUGUCUGUCCUCCGGUUCGUCUUUGUCCUUGAAAUUAGUAAGCAGUCGCCGUAAAGUGGUUAUCGGUUUGUGUGCAACACGUAUAUUGCAAGGUUGUAAUAUACGUGCAAUAGUUUCAGAGGUGCCUUUGAUGUAUGAUAUAGUUGCUGUUGUAACAGGGCCAGAGUUGGUCUGAGUGUGGGAAUCAGUGUUACUGUGAGUGUUCCGUCUAACAAAGUCUGUGUUGUAAUUGAUCUUACUAAAAACGUUGUUAAGAUAAUCUGUCUCGUCUUGUAGGCUGUCAGGUGAGUCGCAAACUAGUUGCGCUCGUCUCGUCAGAGUCCCGAUAGUAGUAACCUUGUUAGAGGUCGGAUUGUACGAAGACUGGUCUAGUAAUCGGUUGGUAUGUGUCGGUUUUCUGUAAAUUGUCGGUUUUAGUUUGUUGUUGUCACGAGUGACCAAGCAGUCUAGAAAAGGUAUCUUACCAUUUUCUUCUAUCUCCUUGGUGAACUGUAUGUCUGCAUUCUGUCUGCUAAGGUGUUCAUGAAAAUCGUCGAUUCCAUCUUUGGUAUGGCCGUGAAUGGAUCGUCAACGUAACGUAACCGAAGAGGUACAGUUCGCGUGUAGGUAGCUAGGGCUUGUUCCUCGUUUUUUUUGCAUGACAAUUUCUGCUACAACAACAAAAACUGGAGAGACCAUAGCUGUACCGUGUAACUGUUUGUAGUGUUUGCCGUUGUACUGAAAGUAUGUCGAAGUCAAACAGAGGUUGAGUAGGUCCAUAAUGUCGUCUGUAGUUAGUGGUAGUUCAACAGUAGAGUUCUUAUUAGCAUUCUCAGUACAGUCUAGAGCCAGUUGAAGUGGAAUAGUGGUGAACAGCGAUUUCACGUCAAAGGACACUAGUUUGUGGUCGUCUGGUAUCUGUAUUGUCUUAAUGGCGUCAAUAAAGUUCUCAGUAGACUGUAGUUUGUGUCUAGAUUCGUCAGUCAGUGGUUUCAGUACAUUAGUUAAGUAUUUAGACAGUUGGUAGGUUGGGGACCCAUCGGGUUUGUGUAGUUUUGGUAGUCCAUACAGCUUGGGUGGCUGCGGAACACUACACCUCAGUCUGUUGUAGCAUCGAAAGUCGAUCUUGUCCGUUUUUUUUCAGUGUAAGCAGUUUGUUGUUAAGUUGGUGUUGCAGUGCGGAUGUUGGGUCUCGUUUAAGGACGGUGCCCACUAAUGGGAAGUAUUUUUUCCCAGAUAAUGACUAUGUGAGACAAGUAGAUCAUAUCAGGGGCUAUUGAAAUCCAAAAAGAAAACUGGGGGUAACCUGGCAUUUUUCAGUCUAGAUAACUGGGCUUCAAUGUGGAGAAAAAUGCUGAAUAGGCAUUUUUAAGAAAUAUGAUAAAAAGUUAUUUUUUCCCCAAAUUUCAGAGUGUACACGUGAACUGGCACAAAUGCAAUGAUAAUUGUAACAAGGAUUCAAAAAUCAGCAACAAAUGAUAACAUAACAAGUGCUCCUUAUACAUCUUUUUUUGAAGUAUCAGCACAACUGGGAAGUUAUCAGCAGUUACCCCUCUCCACGCGUUUGCCUUAAAAAUAGUGUAAACAACAUGUUCCCCAAACCAAAAAUUGAUAGUUUGCUGAGUAGGCUUAUUACUUUCGUUUGGUAAGAUAAAAAGUAGGGGUUACCACGCAUAUUUAGAAGUUAAAGUGGUUGGUUUCGACCUUAAUUUAAUCGCUUUGGGGGGUAUUUACAAUUUUUCCCAUAGUAAAACAGUUAUUUCACUGAAGAGAUUUUUUGGGAAGUGCUUACUGUGGGUAUUUCUAAAGGUUAUUGAAGGAAAGGCAUAAAAUGAAAGCUGCAUAUUCUUAAUUUCCAAAAAAAGCCUAAAUAUGGUGCUGAAAUUAGUAAAGCGUUUACCAAAUAUAUACGUACUAGGAAAAUUAAUUCUUUGAAUUCAUUUUCUUCUUCCACUCCUUGACAACUUUGCACGACAGUCAAAUUUGCAUGACAGUCUCAACUCGAUUCUCAAACUUGAUCCUCGCGUCUUGAAGCCCUGAGAAAACUUUAUGUGAGAUUUGAGUCCCUCAUUUAGUGUUUCGAGAAACCAGGGCUUUAAAAAAACAAUUUAUUUCUCAAAGAAAGACAAACCAAUAACCGUUGGUAUGAAAGGAAUUCGCACCGACCAUCAGCGUUUCUAUGCCUGCAUCACUUCUAAUACUGUAUUGUGUGUAAGCGUGUUAUUCGAAAAAAAAAAAAACCAAUGAAUUAAUGAUAAAUUUCAGCCAAUUGCAUCUUUGUAUUUUUAGUGAAGUGAACGUAUUUACGUCCAUUGUUGGAGGCGUAAAGUGAAAUUUUAUCUUGAAAUAAAUAUCUCUUUGAAUCUUUUACAAAACAGUGAUGUUCAGUUUUUUGCCAGCCCCUUGGUUUUCCUGCAAGACAUGUAACAAAAAUAGAAAGGCAUGAAUAAUUAACAAUUAAUGAAUGAGGCUGAGUAUCUUAUGAAGAAUUAUGGAGAUCGAGGAGGGUGUUAUCUGUCGAGGCCGUAGGCCGAUGCGGAUAACACCCUCCAAGAUCUUCAUAAUUCUUCAUAUGAUACGAAAGCCGAAUUCAAUAAUUGUUUUAUUAUUCAUGCAAAAUAAUUCUUAGUUUAAAAACAUGGCUAAAACAUGCUUACCUCCAUCGAUCCAUUGAUGUUAAGUUCAUCUUCUAUAGUCCACGUUUAGGUUUGUCCAGCUCCGCAAAUAUUCUCUAAAAAGCAGAUGCCGCCCUUCGCGUUGUCUUCUUGCUGUUCUUGCCAUGUUUUUAGCUAUUUUUUGCCUAGUUCUUACUCUUAAAACGAGUGAAAUGUCCGCCAUUUUUUCAAGUUCACAAGCAAAACAACUCAACCUUGUCCCCAGGUCUUCUCAGUUAACGGUGCCUUAACCUGCAAAAACGCUGCAUUUUUGACGUCAUUUCCUCGUUAAACACAAAAUUCUUCCAAAUUUGGUCAUCAGUAACUGGUUAUGGUGAAUUAAACAUGCGCUUUUAGCCAAUCAGAAUCAGGGGAAUAUUUUGAAUGAAUAAUAAAGAUAAAUAACUGAUAUAAGAAAUUGCUAAGUUUAACAUUAAGACUAAGAUAGAAAAUGCCACCUACAUGUCAAAAUACAGUUUGCUUAUGUCAGGUAAAAUUUGAAACCUGUUAUUGGAUCACUCAUCGCAACUUUUCACUAUACAGCUUCCUAUGUUUGUUUCUAAGGAAAUCUGGCUCAGGAAAGAGUCAUGAAUACCAGACUUUUCUUGGAGAAUAUUCCAUUCAAGUUUAUUUGCAUAUUGGAAACUUGAACUACGCAAGCAAAAUUCAGACAAGGAAGUGAAUUAGAAGACACUUCCUUGUUUGUUUUCUUUUUUUCUGUGGUAAUUUUUUUGUGCGACUGGUAGAAAGUUAUUUAUGUUUUCUAUGGAAACAAGGGGAAACUAUUUGCUUUUCUGUCUUUGGGCUAUACCUUCUUGCAACUUAAAUUUAUUCGCUGGGAACUUGUUUUUCUUAAAACUGUGAAAGGUUUGAACCCAGGAGUCAUUUCAUUAGUAGGUUGAGUAUGAUCGUCUAGGUGAACAUAGUCCUGGACAGGACUGGUGUUGUUGACAGUGACUAACGUUUCGACCACCAGUGACAUUACGAGUCUUUAUAGCCAAUAACAUUGACAGCUCUACUGACAGACAACCAAUAACAUCGCGACUUAAUUGAUCAAUCAGGUCAUUAACCAGAGUUUAAUACCAUCAACGUGACACUUUGACUCUGAAGAUUACUACCACACAGGUUGUCGAAACAUCAGUCACUGUCAACAACAACCGUCUUAUUCAGGACUACAUUCACCCGGACAAUCAUACUCAACCUACUUGUUUUUCUGAGUUAGUCGCCAAAAGGCAACUUCAUCUUUUUUUUUUCAAUUUCGUGCCCUGAAACUUUUUACUCCAACAGGUGAUUUAACAUACAGUGGUCAAAUUUCUUCAUACUCUGUCUGAAGCACAUUAUGCAGAAAUGUCUUUCACGAUAGAUUGUAUGAGGCCAAAAUACAAUUUCAGAAUACAUGGCUCGAUCAUGUUUUUCCCUAAUGUCAUGGAAAUAUAUAUAUGCUUAAUUGUUUUCGGAACGUACUUAAGGUCUGUUAUUCCUCCAUGAAACAUCUUGCACAGAUUCUCUUCAAACUUGAUAUAAUUUGAACGAAGCUCAGAAUUGGUCAAACUUAAAUUUCAAUGCUGAUCCCCUCCCCUCAAAGCAAAAAUCUUCCCACUCUAGAAAUAAAUACUGUUUAACAGAGACUUAGCUGUGCUCAACACACCUGAGGAUCUGAGUUUUUUGGGAGUGAUCUGAGCACUGAAUUUUUCUAACACCCUUCUCUUUUAUUAAACUACAGCAGUGUAUAAUGAGAACAUCAUUUCAUGAGAUCUCUGAAUUGAGACCAUACUGGAGUCUCAUUUCCCUUGUACAAUUCACAUGUGAAUCAUGACAGAUUUGCUCAGAGUUAGGUUAUAAAUGUUUGCACAUACAAAAGCCUGCAGAGUCAUAGAGUAUUUUGCUUCUGGUGCUCAGAAUAGUCAUCACCUUACUUACUUACAUGUAUAUUUUCCUAUGGAAACUGCCAUCACAGCAAGGUUUAAAAGUCAAGUCUAUACCAGCAUAUGGUCAAGUCAGUUUAUCUGACGUCACAGUUUCCUCAGAAUUAUAACCAAGACUUGGUUAUAUAUAAAAUAAAUACACACAUGAUAAAGGAAAAUAUGCAAGGCCAAGUAAAUUUACUUGCUUAUUUCAUUAUUUUCUUAUUGUACAGUUUUUAUUUUAGCAUACAAGUUAUAUGAUAAAUAACCUUAACUCCCCAUAAAUAGAUGGCUGGUCUAAAAUAUUUCCACAGGUCAAAGUGCAGGUCAUUUGAUGUCUGCAUGGUUUUUCAUAAUACCCUGUAAUUAUGCUUAGUUCCAGUGUCAUUUUAGACCAUUGUUUUAACUAAUUUCUUUCUUCUUUUCCAUUUUUUGUUUAGUUAGGAAUUGUUUAAAUGAAAACUUAAGUGUCAUUUUCCACUGGAUAGAAAGUCGUAUUCUUUUGAUUUAAUUUCAGCAAUUUUUUUAAGGAAAUUUGCGGAGUAAUAUAAUUUUCUCUACCUUUAGAUAUGUGCGAGCUAAUGUUGACUUUGACCAUGGAACAAAGGUUUCAUUUAGCCCUGAUACAAGGUAAGAGCUAGAAGAUUUUGUUUUCUUUACACAACACAUCUGUUAAUAGAAUAUCCAUUAUCUGCUCUGCCUGUUUGUAACACAGGCAUAUAAUCUCCAACUUUGAUCUAGUAAUUUUGCCGUCGCAAAUAUAAUCCUACAAUCCUACAUUGCGCAUUCAACUUACAGAGGCUCUUAGCCAAUGAGAAGACAGAUGAUGAGUACAAUGUAUAAUAAUAUUGUUUAUUUGCCUGGCUUAUACACAAUAUUUUUUGGAGGACUUAUCCUCAGGGUUUUGGAUUUUGAAGUUAUGUUUGGGAAAAUAAUUCGGGCUUAAAGUGCUUAUACUGGACUGGCCUAAAAUCCAGGUUUCCUUCCUUGUCAGUAUAGUACAUGCUGAGAUAAAUGUCCCUAUGCAACAUGGUUAAAUCUGCUAAGAUUCAGCGUAAUUUUUCCACUAGCACUAGAGAUACAAAAACACAUGAUGCAGGCUCAGUCAGGUUAAAGUCAGUCUGGAAAAUCCAAGCACCACUCAAUUUGCUUACCGUGAAAGUGGAAAUUGCACUAGUGCACUGUUAGCGAUCCAGCACUUUAUCAACAAACACUUACAUAAUCCAGACUGUGAGGCAGUACGGGUAUUCGCAAUGGACUUCAGCAAAGCAUUCGACUCAGUCAGACAUGAGCUACUAUCUAAUAAACUAAAGUUGCUGCCCCUGAAUAUCUAUAUCAUCAACUGGUAUCAGAGUUUUCUUUAUAACAGACAACCACUUAACAUAUAGUCCAUAACAACCACCUUCACAAGUGGAAAGGAGUAAAUAAGGAGACAACGCAGGGUAGUGUGAGCGGCCCCUACUUAUUUAACGUGUUUCUGAAUGACCUUGAAAUCAAGCUACAAUCUUGGACAAAAUGAAUGGAAAACCUUGACCCCCCCUCCCCCCCAAAUCAAGGAUGGGAAAAUGGUGCGUUUUUGCCCUUCGCGCGCCUUCAUCCUUGAUUUGGGGGGGAUGGGGGUUUGCUGUUCCAUUUUAUUUUGUCCAAGAUUGUCUGAAAGCCUCGACUGGCGUUACUCACAGUGUCAUGAUAGCAAUCAUGACAAGAAAUCUGCGUUCAAAUGCUUCAAAGCUAAACGCUUUCAAAGCAAACCUGGUCAUUUGUCAGUGAACUCAUACAAAACAGAAGAAUUGCGCUUAUUUCAUUUCUAUAAAAUAAAUAAAUAAUUCACUUAUCACAAGUCUGUAUGAAGUGCGGGAUGCAUUACUCACUAGGAGAGAGUUCUGCUGCAUGGAAGACGAAAAAAAGACAUACUUAUGCCUGAUUCAUUGCAAUAAUUUUUAUAAGCUUGAAGGCGGAACCCCACAAAACAUAUAUAGAAAUUGCAUCAGCUUGUAAUUGCAGGAAUAAUUAUAGUAAGAAAAAAAAGAUUAAUUUGGCUACAAACGAGACUCGAACCUGCCCAAAAAACCUCAGGUACGCUAAUCCUUCUCACCGAUGUUGCACGCUAGACCUCUAGACAAUCCAUGGAGAGGCAGUGUUGCCUUGGCGCUAUUUUUAAGAACUGUAUACAGUGCCUUUAUAGAUCAUUGUUAGCGAUAUUUUAUCUAUAUAGAUUGGUUUUUUUCAUUCUAGGAAAUCGAACACGAUUAAUGUUGACAAACAUAAGGAUUAGCACGAUUUACAACAGAUUGCCGACGGUUUUUAUUGGUUUUUCACGAUUUUGUCGUGGUACAGUAAAGUAAGAGACAGUGAAGUCACUUUUAUUUCAAUUGGCUGCUAAUCGUGAUUGACCGUUGAAAACCGCUGCAAACCAUCUUAAAUCACACAAAUACCUUUUGUAAACCGUCAGUGAAACGUCGACCGUGUCAUUUUAACAAAGUUCGAGUGCGCUACACACAGUUUAAAAGUUUUAAUUAGUAAAGUUUUAGCCUUUCAUCGUUGUUGGUAUUUCAGUGAGGUAUAAAAAGUCCACAGUCUAGUGACUCCUGAGAAAUAACAUUAAUGGUCCUUUUUACUCUGUUACAGAACUCUUUAUAUGAUAUUGCGAGUAAUGCCAUGUUCAAGACCGCCUUUUUCUAACGUCCCAGACACGAUUUGCAAAAAUGUUCUCUUAGGGUAUUGUAAGUAUGGACGUCCUCGGUGACACUUGUGACUGCGGGUCACAGACCAGUGUUUUCAACCGAUAAAUGUGUUGAAAGAUGACUCUCUAAUUAACAGUGACCACUUUUUCGUGACUUAGACACCUUCGAGACAAUCUUGGACAAAAUGAAUGGAAAACCUAGACCCUCCCUCCCCCCCAAAUCAAGGAUGGGAAAAUGGCGUUUUUUUGCCCUUCGCGCGCCUUCAUCCUUGAUUUGGGGGGGAUGGGGGUUUGCUGUUCCAUUUUAUUUUGUCCGAGAUUGUCUGAAAGCCUCGACUGGCGUUACUCACAGUGUCAUGAUAGCAAUCAUGACAAGAAAUCUGCGUUCAAAUGCUUCAAAGCUAAACGCUUUCAAAGCAAACCUGGUCAUUUGUCAGUGAACUCAUACAAAACAGAAGAAUUGCGCUUAUUUCAUUUCUAUAAAAUAAAUAAAUAAUUCACUUAUCACAAGUCUGUAUGAAGUGCGGGAUGCAUUACUCACUGGGAGAGAGUUCUGCUGCGUGGAAGACGAAAAAAAGACAUACUUAUGCCUGAUUCAUUGCAAUAAUUUUUAUAAGCUUGAAGGCAGAGCCCCACAAAACAUAUAUAGAAAUUGCAUCAGCUUGUAAUUGCAGGAAUAAUUAUAGUAAGAAAAAAAAGAUUAAUUUGGCUACAAACGAGACUCGAACCUGCCCAAAAAACCUCAGGUACGCUAAUCCUACUCACCGAUGUUGCACGCUAGACCUCUAGACAAUCCAUGGAGAGGCAGUGUUGCCUUGGCGCUAUUUUUAAGAACUGUAUACAGUGCCUUUAUAGAUCAUUGUUAGCGAUAUUUUAUCUAUAUAGAUUGUUUUUUUUCAUUCUAGGAAAUCGAACACGAUUAAUGUUGACAAACAUAAGGAUUAGCACGAUUUACAACAGAUUGCCGACGGUUUUUAUUGGUUUUUCACGAUUUUGUCGUGGUACAGUAAAGUAAGAGACAGUGAAGUCACUUUUAUUUCAAUUGGCUGCUAAUCGUGAUUGACCGUUGAAAACCGCUGCAAACCAUCUUAAAUCACACAAAUACCUUUUGUAAACCGUCAGUGAAACGUCGACCGUGUCAUUUUAACAAAGUUCGAGUGCGCUACACACAGUUUAAAAGUUUUAAUUAGUAAAGUUUUAGCCUUUCAUCGUUGUUGGUAUUUCAGUGAGGUAUAAAAAGUCCACAGUCUAGUGACUCCUGAGAAAUAACAUUAAUGGUCCUUUUUACUCUGUUACAGAACUCUUUAUAUGAUAUUGCGAGUAAUGCCAUGUUCAAGACCGCCUUUUUCUAACGUCCCAGACACGAUUUGCAAAAAUGUUCUCUUAGGGUAUUGUAAGUAUGGACGUCCUCGGUGACACUUGUGACUGCGGGUCACAGACCAGUGUUUUCAACCGAUAAAUGUGUUGAAAGAUGACUCUCUAAUUAACAGUGACCACUUUUUCGUGACUUAGACACCUUCGAGACAAUCUUGGACAAAAUGAAUGGAAAACCUAGACCCUCCCUCCCCCCCAAAUCAAGGAUGGGAAAAUGGCGUUUUUUUGCCCUUCGCGCGCCUUCAUCCUUGAUUUGGGGGGGAUGGGGGUUUGCUGUUCCAUUUUAUUUUGUCCGAGAUUGUCUGAAAGCCUCGACUGGCGUUACUCACAGUGUCAUGAUAGCAAUCAUGACAAGAAAUCUGCGUUCAAAUGCUUCAAAGCUAAACGCUUUCAAAGCAAACCUGGUCAUUUGUCAGUGAACUCAUACAAAACAGAAGAAUUGCGCUUAUUUCAUUUCUAUAAAAUAAAUAAAUAAUUCACUUAUCACAAGUCUGUAUGAAGUGCGGGAUGCAUUACUCACUGGGAGAGAGUUCUGCUGCGUGGAAGACGAAAAAAAGACAUACUUAUGCCUGAUUCAUUGCAAUAAUUUUUAUAAGCUUGAAGGCAGAGCCCCACAAAACAUAUAUAGAAAUUGCAUCAGCUUGUAAUUGCAGGAAUAAUUAUAGUAAGAAAAAAAAGAUUAAUUUGGCUACAAACGAGACUCGAACCUGCCCAAAAAACCUCAGGUACGCUAAUCCUACUCACCGAUGUUGCACGCUAGACCUCUAGACAAUCCAUGGAGAGGCAGUGUUGCCUUGGCGCUAUUUUUAAGAACUGUAUACAGUGCCUUUAUAGAUCAUUGUUAGCGAUAUUUUAUCUAUAUAGAUUGGUUUUUUUCAUUCUAGGAAAUCGAACACGAUUAAUGUUGACAAACAUAAGGAUUAGCACGAUUUACAACAGAUUGCCGACGGUUUUUAUUGGUUUUUCACGAUUUUGUCGUGGUACAGUAAAGUAAGAGACAGUGAAGUCACUUUUAUUUCAAUUGGCUGCUAAUCGUGAUUGACCGUUGAAAACCGCUGCAAACCAUCUUAAAUCACACAAAUACCUUUUGUAAACCGUCAGUGAAACGUCGACCGUGUCAUUUUAACAAAGUUCGAGUGCGCUACACACAGUUUAAAAGUUUUAAUUAGUAAAGUUUUAGCCUUUCAUCGUUGUUGGUAUUUCAGUGAGGUAUAAAAAGUCCACAGUCUAGUGACUCCUGAGAAAUAACAUUAAUGGUCCUUUUUACUCUGUUACAGAACUCUUUAUAUGAUAUUGCGAGUAAUGCCAUGUUCAAGACCGCCUUUUUCUAACGUCCCAGACACGAUUUGCAAAAAUGUUCUCUUAGGGUAUUGUAAGUAUGGACGUCCUCGGUGACACUUGUGACUGCGGGUCACAGACCAGUGUUUUCAACCGAUAAAUGUGUUGAAAGAUGACUCUCUAAUUAACAGUGACCACUUUUUCGUGACUUAGACACCUUCGAGACAAUCUUGGACAAAAUGAAUGGAAAACCUAGACCCUCCCUCCCCCCCAAAUCAAGGAUGGGAAAAUGGCGUUUUUUUGUCCUUCGCGCACCUUCAUCCUUGAUUUGGGGGGGAUGGGGGUUUGCUGUUCCAUUUUAUUUUGUCCAAGAUUGUAGGUUCAACUCCCACCCUUUUUAAAUACACAGAUGACUUAACCAUUGUCACACCCAUGUGGAAAGGGGGCAGUGAUAUGUCAAGAGAUUUAGUGGAGACAUUUUUAAUCUGUGCGAACUGUAAUUCCAUGAGCUUUAACCCUAACAAGUGUAAAGAACUUGUCAUAAAGAACAGGGCUGUGUUCUAGCAGAGCCCGGUGGCCCCUAUGGUGCCUAAAUUUUGCCCUUGGGCGACUAGAAAAUCUCAGAUUUUUCAUACAAAUCAUAUGCUGGGCACCCUAGAUUUUACAGUUUCAGAGCACUGGGCUCCCUUCAAUUUUCCUUAGAGCACAGCCUUGAAGAAGAAAGGGAACCUCACAUUCUAUCCUGUUGUAUGUAAUAUACCACAACAUGCCACUCUUGUUUUAUUAGGUUUGACCUUUCAGAAUGACUGUAAAUUUUUUCCACACAUAAAAGCUAAACUGUGCAAGGCCAACAAAUGUCUAAACGUGCUAAGAGUAUGUAGAAAAGAGCACUACAGCCAGACAGAAAUUGAUUAUUUCUUCUAUAGUAUUGUUCUCCCGAACAUAACCUAUAGACUUUCUGUUUAUGGUGCCUCCAAUGUUGAAAUUAAUGUUCUUCGGCAAUUUUUAGACAGAUGCUAUAAGUUGUGCUUUAUAUCUACACAGUUAAAUAUUAGAUCAUUACCACAAAAACAAGAUAAAGCGAUUUUUAAAAAAGUUAAACAGUGUAAUAACCACCCUCUGAAGGUAUGUUUACCACAAGAAAAGAACAAUUUAACCUAAAACCUUAGACAUAAAAGCUGCCAAAGGCCCAAGAUAAACACCAAAUGUUAUAAGAACACAUUUGUAAAUAGAUGAAUUUUUAAAUACAACCUUUUAUGAUACUUUAUGUCAGAUACAUGUAACUAGUUUUUCACAUUUUUUAGUCUUUAUUCUAUUUUAAUUUAGCUGAACUUUUAAUCUUUUUAACCUGUAACAUUAAAUAUGUAUUUUUAUCUAAUGAGCAAUAAAGACAUUUAUUAUUAUUAUUAUUAUUAUUAUUAUGUUUGUUUUAAUCUUGUACAUAAAUUAAUGUCAAGGUUAAUUCCUUAUAAUCAUGUUGACUAAAAUAGAAUAAAGUAAAAUGUUCUAAUAAUCCUUAAAAUUAAUAUCUUUUGUUCUUGCCUUGUUAACAGUGAAGACAUGAAACAACAACCAGUUCGCUUCAGGUUUGUUACAAAUAAAGCUAAUCCUAAACGUGUAUUAUCCUUAACCCUUUUUAUAGACUACAAGUAGUCCCCAUUUUUCCUCAGGGAUAGUAGAGCGAGCGAAACAUGAGCGCGUGUGAAAAUCAACCCAUGCAAGAAAGGUGAGACAGGGCAGUGAGAGAGAAAAAUGAGGGACUAGAGACAAAGCCCAAGCUUUUGAACUUAUGUGUUGCUCUGAACAAUGCAAAACUCUGACUGGCUCAAAAACGCACCAGCCGCUAUCAACACUCGACAAAAUCACAAUUUACAGAAAGAAUUACUAGAGCAGAACAAAUAACAGCACAGAACAAAUAAUUAGAGUACUGAGUUGCUCUUGUACUGAGCAACUACACAGAAAGCCAACCCGGCAACUGAUGAGGUUCGCGUGGAGAACCGAAAUCACAGUCAGUCUUGCACGAUCACAACGUGGCAAUAACAGAACAGUUACAAGGCUGUUAAGCUAUUCAAAAGUUAUCACCAAGGAAGGAACUACGUCCUUCAGUCCAAAGACUCACAUUAUCCUUAGAAAAACGAACUGGAGUUUAAAAUUCAUUGCUUUAAGAGCAAUCAUGACUCGGUCACAUCGCAAUUUUCCAUAGUGAUGUAGCUUCAGUUAAAUUAAGCUGCAAUCCAUUCUUCAAGAUUUGGAUCUGUAAAUCUGUACAUCACUAUCUGAGAGAGUUAAACAUGCUGCUAAAAACACUAACAAGCUGGACCCAGCGUGACAAAACAUUGCAGGAAACCGCCACAUUCACGGACAAAAAGAAAAUCGCUUGUAGUUAUUCAGAUCCAGGAGGCACCUCUGCAGAAAUUGAACUACCUAAAACCCUUAUUUAGCCACAUUGAAGAACUUUACUAUUCAAAAGAGGUCAAAGAAAGCUAAAGAAACUGCUCUUGCAUCAGAGGGAAAAUCAUGCCGUCCAUAAACAAUAACCGCAGAAAAUUAAAAUGCGUGUCACAACCUCUUCCAGAACAUAAUUUAUCCAUCAGCGAAAAAAAAAUUCAUUGGAACAAGCAAUAUUUUGGCAUGAGGUAAAAGUCGUGUGCUGCCUACAAACCCCCCUUUUUACACUAUCAAGUUCUUCACGCGAAACAGCGUGAAGAAUUAAAAUUAGUAUCUGGAUUUUCUUUUACUUGCAAUAAAUAUCCCUCGCAGUUUACCGAUGACAAGAGCAAUGACAGCUCACUGAGAGAAGGAAUCCCAUUGGUUGGCUUAAUUGGUUUGGAAGGGGAUGCGAACUUCAUACUCGGCCGUGAAGGGUUCUCCCUGCUGCGUCUCGCCUUUGUCGCAUGGGAUGAUUUUCACGCACGCUUGCAUGUCGCAUGCUCCAGAUCCCUGAGGAAAAAUGGGGACUACUUGUAGUCUACCCUAACACCUGUUAAUAAAUAAAUUACCAGCAAAUUCUUAACUAGUGUAACUGUUUUACUAAGAUUAUUCAACUUGAAAAUGAUAAUUUGAAAUAACAGUAAUAAUAAAUUAUUGAGAAAUUGAUAAUAUCAUUGAAAUUAACUCUCCAGCCAUUAGAGGCAGUUGCACCUUAUAAGAAUGACCCCUAUGUAUUCACUCUAUCGGAGCCUGCCAUCCUGGCUGCCCUGAAACAACUAAAUCCACGCAAAGCAGCCGGACCCGACUGUGUCCCCAAUUGGCUCCUGCGUGAGUACACCGAGGUUCUUGCCGAACCGGUAACAGCAAUUCUGAACUCUAGCUAUAAAGAGCAAAGACUACCUUCGCCCUGGAAGCUCGCUGAUGUCGUCCCGCUCCCCAACCAGAAGCCUGUGGAAGAUCUUAGCAAGCAGCUGCGCCCCAUCUCCAUGACUCCCACCAUCUUGAAACUCGCAGAAGAUUUUGUUGUAUCGACCCAUGUCGGCCCUGCUGUGCUGAAGAUCAUUGACCAUGAUCAAUACGACGGAGUCCCUAAAUCCUCCACCCUGUUCACUCCGAUCUCAAUGUUUCACCACUGGUUACAAGCACUGGUUACACGGUACCGGUGCAGCUGUCAGGGUCGUGUUAUUUGAUUACCGCAAGGCCUUUGACCCUACCGAUCAUAAGUCACCAAGAUCAAUGGCCUCGAUGUGCCGCACAGCAUCAAAGCCCGGGUGACUGACUUUUUGACAAAUCGACAAGUUGUCCUCAGACUGCUUUUCUUAGUGGAGUCCAGUCCCCGCCAGAGUUUCUCAAGGGUCCAAGCUCGGCCCUUGGCUUUUCUUACUCAUGAUCAAUGAUCUCAAGGUCGACACUCUCACAUGGAAGUAUGUGGACGAUACGACAAUCUCCCAAACCAUACCUCUGGGCUCCCUGCGUGAUGUGCAACACGCUGUUACUGCCGUGGAGGACUGGUCUUAGUCCCAGUGGAUGCAGCUAAAUGGCGACAAGUGCAAGGAGAUGGUUAUCGACUUUAAGAAGAUCUCUCAUAACUUCUCCCCUCUCGAGGUAGACGGAAACAAGCUUCCUGUCACCAACUAUGCGAAGAUGCUAGAUGUUACGAUAUCCAGUGACUUGAAAUGGAACAAUCACAUUGUAGAUUGCAUUAAGAAAGCAAAUGUUGAAUGUACAACAAUCAGACCUGUACUAGAAUACUGGGCUCCAGUUUUCCAUCACGCACUCCCGGCUUAUCUUAAUGAGGAUAUAGGAAGAAUUCAGAAAAGAGCGCUUUCUAUAAUUUCACCUGCCAUGUCAUAACAGGAAUGCCUUGACAGCCUAGGCCUGCCAAUGCUGUAAGAUAGACGCAACGGACUAUGUAGACAAUUGUUCAAUUCCAUUGCUAUCAAUCCCAGACAAGUUAUACCACCUGCUGCCAUCAAGGAAACAAAUUAUCCAGCUAUAAUUUAAGGUGUCAAAAGUUAUAUAAUUUGCCACGUUCCCAAACGGACCAUUUCAGACGCUCUUUUGUUUAUGCUAUGUCCCAGGGUCGCGUAUAAAGCUCUUAAAGUUUCAAAGAAGUCGACUUUAUUGUAAGAUUUUUAUACAUAUUUUUUAGCUUUACUACACAAGGUAUUUAUACUCAUAUGAUUGUAAUUAGUUUUAUAUUUUAACUAAUGCUAUUUGUAAAAUACGCAAUUCAGUUUUACGACUGGAAAGUAUUUAUACAAUUAACGAUUUAUCUACCUAUCUAUCUAUCUUCAAAUAAAUAUAAAAAAAAUUAUAGAUAAAUGCAAACGUUGAUGUUAAUCCUUAAAAAUCAGUGGCAGAAGGCUUGGAACUUUUGUAAAAAAAUUUUUCCAUGGUUUGUACAAUCUUGAAAUGGUCUUUAAUUUUACCAAUUGUCCUUCAAUUCAAUUUAGGUCCUUGAAUUUUUUAUUUCUAUGUUAGGUCUUCAAAAAUCCUUGAAAUUCACAACCUUCGAUACGCCAGACAUCUUUUUCUCAAAAAUUAGAUUAUUUUGCUGUCGAACAUUUGGCUCAUCCUCGGUUUAAGAACCUCUAAGACUCACGGGUAACGUAUCUAGAAGAGUUUUAUGCAUGAGCAAUAUUUAGUUUCAGUUUCUUUAUUUAAAAUGCUAUUUCUGUACCUCAGAUGCAAUUCAGGUCAUCAUACACUCAUUCAUUUUGCAAAGUCUUGUGGCCAAAAGAAGUAUGAAAUAAUGUAAUCAACAAUGGCCAAAGAAGUAAAAACCGUAAAUGACUCUAUGACGGGUUCUUGCCAAUAAGGUGAUCAAAGGGGGUUAAAGAAUGCUGGUUUAUUAAAAAAUCUGAGUCCUUGAAAAAUCCUAAGAUGUCCUAGAAAAAUUUUUGUCUAAUGUAGUAUGAACCUUGUAUAUCUAAAUAGAUGGAGAGUUUCUUUAUGUAACUUUGCAACCCACAAGUUGAAUUACGUCAUAUUUACAUGGUAAAAAAUAUAAAAUAAAAACACACACAUUAAAUCAUUACAUAAUUUAAAAGACGAAAACUAGAUCUACAAAUGCAAUUAAGUAUAUACUAAACUUAUUUGAGUUCUGUUAAACUCAUCACUAAUAGAUUAGCUUAGGGCAUUGGUGCCUACAAAGUUGGUGGAGCCGAGCAGUGCUCUAGCAUGAGGAGGAGGUAUCCAUGGCAACCCUGUGAGUGACCCCCAUCAAUCCGGAAUCUCUUUGGUGCUUAAAAAUGGAGGGGCCAGCGUACAGGGGGUGAAAUGGAACCUCCGACUCCAACAACCCCAAGCACCAAGCUGCAGCAGUUGCAUGAAAAAACAAGACAACACACUUACGAAUGGAAUGCAGCAACCAGUGAGAGUGACACCAUUAACAGCAGUGCAUGCCCAAGACAAUACGGUACUCGGCUUGGCUGCAAUGUCGAAGGCACUGCAGAUAACAAAUGGGACCUGCAAACGCAAUGACACGGGAUGUCAAGCUUGCUGACUAGAGAUGCCCACAAGAGCUUUAGAAGGUGUCCGGAUAUAAAGCUGGUAUGCAUUGCUAGUCCAACAUCCAAGAGCCUGAACACCAUUGCAAGUUGCUUGGAAAAAUUGCCUUCAAUCCCCUCAGUAGAGAAAAUUCACCGCAGCCAAUCAAUUAGGAUUGAGCAUGACAGAGAUUGACCAUUUGCGAAUAGGAAGAAGGGGCCAGGGACAUUUCCUUGUAAGGAGAGUUAAGCCAGCAGUGCCUAAACUGUGCAGAGAGGUGCCCUUCCCAGACCAAUGUGGAUGUGGCAACCCUGACGGAACGGAUCCGUUUUUGAAGCUUCUAUUCGAACACAGAGACAGGCUGGCAACUGGAGUGAAUCCACUGAUAUGUCUGCCACCGAUAGAUAAAUAGCUAGAGAAAAGCUAGCUAAAUUGGGGACUGUAAAUUCUGCAGCACAGAGAAAACCAAAAUAAUCCAGCAUGCAAGCUGCCCAAAAUGCACAAUGAUAAAAAAUAUUGAGGACCAACACCUGAUGAAUAGCCAAAAGGAGGCUGUCAGUAAUCUGAAGGCACCGAGCAGCUGGGGAACCUUAGGAAAGAUUGACCCCUCUUAACACUCAUUGAAACUGCAGACAA